AUGCGUCUCACGUCGACGUUGGGAGGCCUGCUCCUCCUUUCGUCCUCCAUCACUGCGACAUUGUUCGCAAAUGAGUCGUCCGGGGCUCUCUUUAUUGGAAACGACAGACUCGUGUCUGCCGUCAACAAAUCAACGGGCGCUGUCGACUUCCUUAGCCUGGACGGCCAGGAUCUGUUGGGAUCGAAGAACUACGUCCCCAAUACCCCUGGAGGCUCCUCAGGCAACGGACAGUCAGGCAUAGGACCGUACCUGGACUGCUACUGCAUACCCUCGGGCACAUACACGCCUGGCGGUGUCAAUGCAACCUACAAGCUGCUGCAGGGGUUAGAUGGCACCGGCGUCGCCUGGGCAGGCAUCGUGAUGAGCGAACAAUACCCCCCGACGGGUCAGCUUUUCGAGUCGUACUGGUUCCUGCGAGACGGCGAAACGGGCCUGCAUACCUUCAGCCGGUUGGCGUACUACAACGAGACGACGCCAUUCCUGCGCAAUCUUCAGGAGUUCCGGACGCUGUUCCGGCCGAACACCCCUCUGUGGACGUACCUCGUCACGGACGCCGGUUUCCACGCCCCACUGCCCAGUCCGGACCCGGCCUCGGGCGACAUCACCAACGCCACGACGGUCCAGGACGCCACCUGGUACAUCGGGAACAGGACUGACGAGCCGUAUGUGGAGCAGAUGAGCGACUAUUACACCAAGUACACGUUCCAGGCCGUGUGGCGGGACCACUCCGUGCACGGUAUGUUUGCGGACGGCAGCCGGAGUAACGACAACUCGACCUUCGGUGCUUGGAUGGUGAUGAAUACCAAGGAUACAUAUUUUGGAGGACCGAUACACUCUGAUUUGGUAGUCGAUGGGAUCGUCUAUAGUGAUUACCUUGUGUCGAACCACCACGGCGACGGUACACCCAACAUCACAGAUGGCUUUGACCGAACGUUCGGUCCUUUCUACUUCCAUUUCAACAGAGGUGCUGUGGGUGGAUCAUGGCCUGAAUUGAGAGACGAGGCUCUACAAUUUGCCUCACCAUCAUGGAGUGCGGACUUCUAUGACGACAUCAGUGAGUACGUGCCUGGCUACGUCCCAACGUCCGGACGAGGAUCUUGGAAGGCACGAGUUCAGUUGCCCAAGGGCGCCAAGAAUGCUAUUGCGGUGCUGGCCCAGAACAAGGUCGACUUCCAGGACAACGUCGAGGAUACCAAAGCGUAUCAGUACUGGGCGAACAUUGGCGCCUGCGGCGGCAAGGUUCAGAUUGACCGCGUCAAGGCAGGCACGUACCGGCUGACCAUCUACGCCGAUGGCAUCUUCGGCGACUAUGUACAGGACGACGUCGUCGUCGUUGCAGGCGACACCACGGACUCGGGCACCGUAGUCUGGGAGCCGGAGGCUGCUGGCCGAGAGCUCUGGCGCAUCGGCACGCCGGACAAGGCUGGCGGCGAGUGGAAGCACGGGUACGCGAGGGAUGCGUCCCGGCCGCUCCAGCCCCCCGAGUACCGCAUCUACUGGGGCGCGUACGACUACCUGGACGACUUCCCGGACGGGGUCCGGUUCCAUGUCGGGCAGAGCCGCGAGGCCGAGGAUUUCAACUAUGUGCACUGGUCCGUCUUUGGCGGGCGGGCCAACUUUCACCGUCCGGUUCAGGAGGCCGGGCACGGCCAGAUCAACAACUGGACCAUCAGCUUCGAUGCCGAGGCCCGGGAUCUCGCCGGCGCCGCCACAGCGACCUUCACGGUGCAGCUGGCCGGGGCAAAGACGGCGGCUGGGAACACGGACGUGUACAACGCGACGCAGCCGUAUAGCAACCUGCCAUUUGUCGUCGUGGUGAACGGCAGGGAGCUGGAGCCGUGGAUCAUCCCAUACUACCACUCGUCGUCCUGCGCCACGCGGAGCGCCGUGACCUGCUACCAGGUGGCCAAGAAGUUCACAUUUCCGACGCGCUACCUGGCGGCAGGGCCGAACGCGACCAACAAAAUCGUGUUGAGUCUUCCGUUCAACGCAACGGACUAUGAGAGUGCGUUGUUGCCCGGAAGUGUGUACGUCCAGUAUGAUGCGCUGAGGUUGGAAGUGCAAUAG